AUGCCUGCUCAUGAUGCAGAGUUUAACAAAGCCAAGGAAAGGUUGAAUACGUUGAGUGAAGCCCCAGGAAAUGAUAUUAAACUAAAAAUCUAUGGUUUGUUUAAGCAGGCAACAGAGGGAAAAUGUAACAAGCCUAAACCUGGUAUGAUGGAUUUAGUUGGAAAAGCAAAAUGGCAGGCAUGGAAUGGUCUUGGUGAUAUUUCACAGGAUGAUGCUCAAAAGAAGUAUAUAGAUUUAGUGAAUGAAUUGAUAGCAGCUGAUAGUCCAGAACCUACCAGUACUACUGAUAGCAAGUUUAAAACUAUUCUUGUUAAUAAAGAGAACAAAAUAUAUAAAAUUACACUUAAUAGACCUAAAAAGAUGAAUGCUCUGAAUCAUUUGAUGUAUGAAGAAAUAAUGCAAGCUCUUGAUGAAGCAGGAAAAGACAACUCUGUUUUGACUGUUAUUACUGGUACUGGUAAUUAUUAUUGUAGUGGUAAUGAUUUAGAGAAUUUUACUAGUACUGGAGGUGCUGAUAUUCCUGCAAUGGCUAAACAAGCCAGAGAAAUCUUAUACCGAUUUGUUGGAUCAUUUAUAAGAUUUCCUAAGCCAUUGAUUGCUCUAAUAAAUGGACCAGCUGUAGGUAUAUCAGUUACUACACUGGGUCUGUUUGAUGUAGUAUAUUGUACUGAUAGAGCCACAUUUCAUACACCAUUUUCAUCUCUAGGUCAGUCACCUGAAGGUUGCUCAUCUUAUAUAUUUCCUCAAUUAAUGGGUUCAGCAAAGGCCAGUGAGGUAUUAUUGUUUAAUAAGAAAUUAACAGCUCAGGAAGCCUUAGAUAGAAAUUUAGUCACAGAAAUAUUUCCUGAUGCCAGUUUUGAAAAAGAAACAAUGGCUAGAGUGACAAAAUAUGCCCAGUUACCUCCACAGAGUUUACAGAAAUCAAAGAAUUUGAUGCGUCAGAUGCAGAAAGAUAAAUUAGAUAAGGUGAACAGUGAAGAGUGUGAUUUAUUAGUAGAAAGAUGGCAAUCAGAUGAAUGUAUGAAUGCUAUCAUGAAUUUCUUUAAAAGGAAAGAAUCCAAAUUAUAA